AUGACUUACCCAUUGAGCCUUGAUUACAAUUCGGCCCAUGGUAUUAAAAAGCCCAAACUGCCUUAUUUACUGGGUGACCAGUUCUCUAUCGUCUCACACCGUCCCCCUCCUCCAACAAACGGCCGAGUGUCUCUUACGUCUAAGACAGCGCGGGAACGACAACAUGUGGACAUUGUCACCCGUUGCCAGAUUCAUCCACCCCUUGAAGGGAAACUGAUUCCCGAAGAAAGGUUCAACUUGGAGGUUUUGGAGACAAUUAGAGUUGGCGAUGGGAAGUCCUCCCAGGUGGUCUCUGUACGGAUCCUUUCUGGUCCGAAGUUCGUCGACCUAGAGGUAGUAGCGAAAUUCUAUGAUCCCCUCUACUGCGACCAUAGCUCUGAUGAUGUCGACCCUUUCCUAUGUGUCGAUAGAGACUAUACGCAUGAAACUGCUGCCUACAUUCACUUGUCCGAGUCCUUGAACGUCGUACCCCGGUAUUACGGUUCAUAUUCAUGGGAGGUGUCUGUCAACGAAAAUCAGUCACGUCUUGUGCAACUCAUCCUAAUUGAAAAGAUUAACGGUCCCUCGAUGGAUAUGAUGGAUCCUCAGAUGUUGACCGCCGAAUUAAGGAAGAGUAUCAUGAAGGGGGUUGUCGAUGCGGAGUCUCAGCUAUAUCAGCGGAAUGUUCGACAUGGCGACAUUCAUCCGCGAAAUGUGCUUGUGCAGCGGCUAAAGGACACGUCUGAUUGCCCAGUGAUCACCCUCAUUGAUUUUGGAAGAGCGGUUAUUGGCCGAUCUUAUGACCCAACAGACCCCGAGGAAGAAGAGCAAUAUCUUCCCGGAACAUAUAUUGGCCCCCUUCUUCGGUGGACCAUGUCAGAUUCGUGGUGCUCGUAUCCUUGCGUAUACAAAAAUUGGAUCACGUGGGACUGGCAGUUCUGGCUUGAAGAUGAAUAUCAAGGAGAUGAGAUUACAGAGCAUAUGAGAGUUCUUUGGCUGCCUUCUCGAACGAAGCCGUUGCCUUCCCCACCGGACACUGCUUGA